GUUGGACGGUGAAGAAAAAACAAACCAUGAAAAUUCAUGUAAAGUGACCACACCGCUCUUGCCCUAGUGGGAGGUGGUUUUUUCACCAUUUUUUUUAAUUAAAAUUUUGCGCAUGUGCUAAGUUAGUAGAUCGAUAUUUCGGGUCAGUUAAUAGUAAAGUAGCGCACCGUUAAGACGAACCUGAAGACUCGUUACUAUAGUUUGUUUUGUUUGUGAUCGAGCCAGUGAUUUCAUAUUUCUUUCCAUCCUUUUUACAUCCCACACAACAUACAAAUCGCUUCCCAUCAUUCGGAACAUGGAAGGUGGUUUCAAAAGCAUAAUGCACCUUAGCUAUCGCGAUUUUCGUUCAAUACCGGAGGAACUGCGCGGUACGGGAAGGCACGAGAUUGACGAGAUUUAUCUGAAAGAAAAUCUAAUCCACUCGCUACCGGAUUGGUUCUUUGUGGAGAUGACACAUUUGCGAUUUUUGUGUCUCGCUGGUAACAUGAUCGAUACCCUGCCGAACGAGAUCGGCCGCUUGGUGUGUUUGGAAACGCUUGACCUAUCGGAGAAUGCGCUGCACCGCUUACCACACACCGUUGGACAAUUGAAACGAUUGACCAAACUGUUGCUGAACGGAAACUACAUCAAUCAAUUGCCGUUGGAAAUUGGACAGCUCCACAAGCUAGAGGUACUGGAAGUUCGUAAAAAUCGUCUCACCGACAUUCCCAUCCAUCUGUCUAAGUGUAUCGGUCUGGAAGAUCUUCUGAUGGAUGAUAAUCCCGGUUUAGUGUCCAUUCCAAAUCGUGUCUUUAAUCUGCCCUCGCUAACGUACGUGUCGGCAGAACGGUGCAACUUGUUCCAGCUGCCAUUCACCAUCAAUACCACCACGCUGUGCUUUGUGCUGCUCUUUAGCAACCAGCAAAGCUUAACACACUGUCCACUUGCUUUGGAACGUUUCGCUCAACCGGACUACGAAUCAAAAGAGGAAAAGUUAAGGCGUAUUAAAAACCCAUCCUGCUAUCGACAGAUCCGCUGCCAUGCUGUACCAUAUCUGCUGAAUCUUCCAUCCGAGCUGGUGCAUUUAUGUGCCCGUUCUAGCGCUUACGGUAUUAUGCCAAACUCACUGUUCGAAAUGGCAUUGCGAGCUUGUGGUAAAUUUCGUUGGGAUAGUUUGGACAGAUUAGAUUUGCCAAAGUGUCUUAUGAACCGAUUGAUUCACGGACCAAUAGCCUGCUGCAGUAGCGUCCCAUGCGGAAGGGAGAUAUUCACCGCCGCUGUUUUAGCGCUUGUUAAGAGCAAGGAAUAUGCGCGAAGCUUCGUGCUCAGUGUUAUGUUUUGCUCGAAGCUUUGUGCGGACCGUUGGUUCCAGUAUAACUGCGAUGCGUACGAGGAACUAUCGUGGGAAAUUCCAAUCUAA